GAAAGAGAGAUCGAGAGAGAGAGAUAUCGAUGGAGGAGAUGCGUGAGGCAGCAAUGGCUUAUUACGCGAACAUGUCCAAGGACCAACAAAAAACUCUUGUGCGUUUCUACAAAUCAAUAGACGCAAAUGGAGACGGGAAAGUGAGCAUCCAAGAGUACUCGGAUUUCCUAGUAAAAAAAGGCCACAACCUGGGGCUCCAUACAAACCUGUUCAAAUUUCUCGACAAGAACAACGACGGCACUCUGGAUUUCGAGGAAUCCGUUACGUUUUUCUAUAUGCUCACGAGCAACAGGCUUGUGGUCUGUGAUGGUUGUAACUCCUACUUGUGGGGCCUCCAUUUCCUGUGCGUCGAAUGCCACAAGGAUAACAAGGAGAAGACAUACGACCUGUGUUGUUCCUGUUAUCGUAACAAGAACUUCACUCAUGCUCACUCCUGCUUCUUGGACAACUAUGCUCUCCUCCGGAACUCUCGAACCAUGGACAAAUUGAAGCGGCGCACAAAGAAGGUGUUAAAGGGCGGUGCUGAAUUCGCUUGGGGUUUUUUUUUGGGUUUUAACGGAAGUAAUUAAGAGGAAUGAUAUAUAAUGUCAAAACUAUUUUUGUUGGUACCAAAACUCUAGUACACAAGAAGACUUGUAUCAUGUGUAGCGUACAAGACUUUUAUGCGCUGAAACUUUGGCAUCAACAAAAAUUGUUUUGACAUUAUCACUAUCUGAAAUUAAAGCACUAGUCCCGUUAGUAAAAUUCUGCAUUUUACAACGCAUUGGGCCUUGGCCAUUUAAGUAUUUCUGGUUUCUUGGGUUUUGCCCGUUGGGUGUUGGGCUUGGCCUAUUAGGUGUAUUGGUUCGGGCUUAGCCCACUAGAUGUUUAGGGCUUUGUCCUAUUUCGUGUUUCUUUUUCAUUCAAUCUUUGGUUGUAUUUCCCUCCCCUCUCUCGAUGUACUAUUCGUCAAGUUUUCUUGAAUAAAAUGUUACUUUUGUCGAUUAAAAAAAA